AUGCAGGCAACACUAUAUAACAUGCACAGACACACACUUUUGUUGUGGAAGCACAAGAACGCUCCGGGUGAGGCCCACGCGGAGCAAGAGGUGAGGGCGACCCAGGAGGCGAGGGGUCACUCCGCUGCUCCUGGACACGUUGCAUGUUUAACGGGGAGAGAGAGCUGCGGGCUGGACGUGGGAACUGUCCCGUGUUUCAUUUUUGAUCAUAUAUUAUAUUACUUGCAGUACAUCAGAGGUAACCUCCUUCCAGAUAAAAAUAAAGGACAUGUGUGGGGAAGAGGUGUCCUAAGAGCACAGUCCCACACCAAGGUCACGGGAGCAGGGCCCAGAACCAAGGCCAUUUCCAGAACUUACGAAACCCUUUGUAACCAUUGCCAAAAGUACCCUUGA